UUUUUCAGAAGACAAAGAAACCGCUAUAACAAAUAAGGAUACUACCAAUACUGUAAUGCAAUUUGGCUGAGGAUGCUGAAUGAAUUAAUUACAGUUUUUCUCAAUUGUUUACACACAAAUUCUGGUACUUGAGACACAAUGACCACAACAUGUAACUCAUUCACCAACCCCCUGAACCAAUUCUGCUAAACUACAAGCACAGUUCCUGCUUUACACUCAAAUUGCAGUUCUAAAACACACUUUUUUCAAAACACUACACACAAUUCUCUGCUUUUGGCACAAUUGUCAUGCAGAAAAUAUCUUGUUUUCACAAGGAACACACUGCCAUUCAAAUAUGCACACUGACUCAUCACAAGGGCAAACACCUGUCACACAGUUUUACAAUUAGCAAUCAGAGCUUUAGCAUAAAAGGGCAACAGGUGAGCUCUUCUGUUUUGGAGCAAUGGAUGCCAACAUUGGAAACAGAGGCAGAGCCAGAGGAGUGAGAGUAAGAGGAGGAGGACGGGGAGGACGAGGACGAGGACGAGGACGAGGAAGGCCAAGGACCGUAAUCUCUGAUGAGAUCCGAGCCACUUUGGUUGAUCAUGUGGUCAACCAUGGUCUAACAAUGAGGGAGGCUGGGUAAAGAGUACAGCCACAUUUGAGCAGGUACACUGUAGCAUCCAUCAUACGGACUUUCCGAAAUGAGAAUAGAACUGAAAGAUUACCAACACAAGGUGGUCGGGAACGUGUUCUGUCUCCUGAACAGGAAACUGAAAUCAUGAACAUGGUCCUAGAAAACAACGCCAUAACAUUACGGCAAAUACAAAGAAAAAUAAUAGAAAACAAUGACAUGUUUCAAAAUAUUGAUAGGGUAAGCUUAUCAACACUGGACCGUGUCUUGCGCAGAAAUCAUCUCCGGAUGAAGCAGGUCUACAGGGUGCCAUUUGAACGCAAUUCAGAAAGAGUCAAAGAAUUGCGAUAUAACUAUGUGCAAAGAGUCCUUGAGCUAGAGGUGGCUGCAGUGGAGCACCAGUUCAUCUUCAUUGAUGAGGUUGGGUUCAACCUCACAAAAAGACGAAAGAGGGGAAGGAAUAUCAUCGGCCAGCGUGCCAUUGUUGAAGUCCCUGGCCAGCGCGGAGGGAACAUCACAAUGUGUGCAGCGAUUACCCACCACGGCGUCAUCCAUCACCAUGCUACCCUUGGCCCCUACAACACUGCCCAUCUGAUCACAUUCCUUGACACCCUACACAACACACUCAUUCCACCAGAUCAGGUAGAUGGCCCAGAGCAGCUCAGGUACGUUGUCAUUUGGGACAACGUAAGUUUCCACAGGGCUGCUCUGGUUUGUAACUGGUUCACUGCCCACCCACGCUUUUUAGUUGUUUAUCUCCCUCCAUAUUCUCCAUUCCUCAAUCCUAUUGAGGAAUUUUUUUCUGCCUGGAGAUGGAAAGUGUAUGACCGAAAUCCACAAACGCGUAUACCUCUUCUCCAAGCUAUGGAGGACGCAUGUGGAGAUAUAGCAGCUGAUGCUUUUCAUGGCUGGAAUCGCCAUGCUAGGCGAUAUUUCCCCGCUGCUUGGCCAGGGAAAACAUUGCUUGUGAUGUGGAUGAGGUGCUGUGGCCAGACCGCAACAGAAGAGAGGAUGCAGCAUAGGUAUUUUUUUAGUUUUUUUUUUUACUGUAACUGUAUACAGUAAAUUCUUCUGUUGUUUUGUAUGUAGUGUAUGUGCAACUUUGUGUUGGUUGGG